GUUCAAAAUGAAGUCGGACAAGCAGCUCAUCCCAAAGUCAUCCAGGCAGUGGGUUGUGGAGAAGAAUCAAACUUCUUCCCUGGUGAUCUCUGAGGUAACACUGGAGGAUUCUGGGUGGUAUUACUGUGAGGUGAACGUCCUGCAGAAAGACCCAGAGUGGGGCAACGGCACCGAGCUGGUCGUCUUGGCACCUCCUUCAGCUCCCAAGAUUUACCUCCAAACUCCCUUCGACCCACAGACUGGUCAGUGGGCUCUCUUCUGUCUCACCGGGGGAUUCCACCCCAGUGAGCUCACCCUCACCUGGACCUACCAGAGCGAAGCAGCCAAUAUCGAUCACCUGUCAGUCACCAAUUGCACCCUUCCUGUGUUUAACCCCCAUGGUUACCUGUCUAAACCCCAGGCUGAAGGAGCCCUGCUGUCCUCAGAUUGGUUGUUGGACUUCAUGCCGACGAGUCACCUAAAGUGUUUCCAGGUGAUGGACAACCACAGCCAGAAAGCGUAUCUCUUCAGUGUGUUUCUCCUGCCACAGAAGGAGUCCUUGAAAGCAGGGAUCACCUUCACUUGUGGGGUGCAGGACCACCCUGCCAUGACCACUGCUCUGACUGCCUCCUUCACUUGGGAUGCCUCCCCUAACGAGCUGAUUGUGCACUUGAACAUUCUCAAGAUGUGUUUCCUCUCUGCAAUGACCGCUGUCUUUUUAUUGGAAGCAGUCAAACAUUUCUGCGUGCAGGGAAAAUAAUGUCCGCCAUGAAGUACAAAUUGAAAUAGGAGAGAAAACGGGUGUUCAGUGCGGCUGAUCUCAGCAGGCCAACCUUUGACAAACAACAUCACACAAACCACGUCCAGAGUCAUCGCUGAAAAAUGAGAAUUAACCCUGACUGAACAGUUAAUUCUGCACCAUGAGUAACCGUUGUGUAUAAUCCCUCCCUCUCUCUCAUAUUUGAAAGUUUCUAAACCUCCUGCUGUAUAUCCUGCUAUAUAUUCGGCUUUCACAUACUGUAUAUCCUCUAAACAUCAACACAGGGCUGAUUUCUUUCUGCACAUCAAAGCUGUUUAUCUCUGUAACUCUUUAUCGCUGCGGCGUGCUGACUAGCGUGUUUUUGGAUCUGCUCAUUGUGCCACUGGCUGGUAGUUUGCACAUCUUAGUCAUUCACUCGGGGUCUGUGUGUCAGAAUGAAUGCUUCAUGCAUGAUCCACCUGUCAAACAGAUACAGUGAUCAGCUCAACCUCCGCGCAGGCCUAAUCCUCACAAAACAGGAUUACAGUCGAUGCCAGCGCUUGCUUGUGUGAUAGCAUUGUUUACGUGUACGGUGUGUGGGGUAAGAUCUUGAUUCACGUGUUGGGGGGGGGGCUCAUUUUAAAUUUAGGCCUGCCCACACUACCAAC